AUGUCGCAAGUUCUAGGUCUCACCAAACUCGCCUACUCUCGAGUAUGGCACGGUGUUUCCGCCUCCGCUCCCCACGCCACUCUAUCGACUCAGCCCGGUGUGACACCGCCCUCGCUCGGCCGCCUCGCAUCCCGCAUCGCCGUCCUCCUCAUGGGCAAGCACAAGCCGAUCUUCGACCCCUCAACCGACUGUGGUGACUACGUUGUCGUCACGAACUGCGCCGCUCUUCACACUACUGGCCGCAAGAAGUGGCAAAAGCCAUACUACCGACAUACUACUCGACCUGGUAGCCUCAAGACCGUAACGAUGGAUGUCCUCAUGGAGCAGCACGGAGGUAGUGAAGUGCUGCGCAAGGCUGUGAGCGGCAUGUUGCCCAAGAACCGACUACGAGACAAGCGAUUGGCUAGGCUUAAGGCUUUUGAGGGAGAUGCACACCCGUACAAGCAGAACUUGAUACGGUUUAGUGGGGUGCCAGUGGGCAAGCCUGGUUGGGAGAAGGCUGUCGAGAAGGUUCGUGAGGGCGACAAGAAACGACUAUAA